AGAUGACCCCGUUUCGAGAAAACGACCAAUCUUGAUCAAUAUUUGUACAAUUAAUUUGAAAUCAACAGCUCGGACACAAGAGGUACGCCAUUUGCAAGUUAAUCAUGUUAGCAGUGUUUAGUUGCCUGGAUCAACAAAUUAUUGCGAGAUGUUUACUCAAUCGGGUCCCCGCGGAGUUUUCCCACAAAGCUUUCGCGCCGCCCCCUCCAAUCUGUCCCAUGUCAUUUGAUGCGUUGACUUCAAACUCUCCAACAACGUUGUAUUUCUUUACAUGACAAGUUCCUGGCGAGCUUGAUCGUCAACCUUUGAUUUGGAUCGUUUGCAUGUCUUUUGUUGCAGCGUCUGAAAAUGAAAUUCGCGCAGGCCGUAAUUCUCUUGGGGAUUUUGCACAGCUUAAUUUUGGGUGCGUUUACUUGUUCGCCGCCAAAAGGUUGGUUUCCACUGAACGCCACGACGCGAGUCAGAAAAGCUGACAUAGUGAUUUAUGGAACUGUCCGGGCGAGCCCCAGACGAACAUCGAAGAACGACCCUAAGGAAUUGUACAGUGCUCUCUUUGAAGUUCACUGUACCCUCAAGGGAGGAAAACUGCAUCAAUUUAUCAAUAUCUCGGGCUUCAGUGGCUUCGCUGGAUUGUGUACGCACUCUACUGCAUACUUAAACAAAACAUACAUCGCAUUCAUUCGUAGAGCUGUGAACUGGAAGACCAACACAACACGAUUCCUUGUUGACGAACUGGAUAACCUUCAAGAAGCGACAAUCCCUAUCAAAAAAAACAAAGGUGUGCUAAAGGACAUUAUGGAAUUGGUUGGAAAGAAUGCUACUUUGCCGAUAGGAGCAUCCAAGGAAACUUUGCCUGGAUGUCCCAAUUUUUUACCUCCUUGCAACUUUAACACAGGCAGAAACAACGGUAAACGGAGACUUUUUGUUCGGCAUCCAAGAUCACACAAGCAUAAAAAAAGAAGACACAAGAAGUGUCAUGAUGUCACCAUUCUGUCUACACAAACGACCAGCACGACAAAAAAACUGUCCACCAGAAAGAGUGAUAUGUCAGCAAACGAGCACACGGAAUCAAGUUUGCUCUCAACGACAGUCAAAAGACACGUGGAAGUUAGAUUUCUGCAACACAGUAACUCUAUAAGGAAUGCAGGCGUGCGGACACAAAAUGUUUGUUGGUGUUUCGUGUUGAUUUUUCACGGUUUGGUGUUCGUGGUGGUGAAGUGGCACCAGACUUGAUAUAAUAGCUUUGCUGAGGCAAGGUAAACAAAUUCCGACGCUAAGCGAUGAAAGUGCUUUGGAUACAUGUUACAUCGAAAGGCCGUGAAUCACGAUUCUUUCCCACGCGAUAUUCAUUAGCUUCUCGCACAGAACCAAUCGUUCUAUUAGUAAUCGAACAGGAAAGAUCACCGAUUUUUAAGUAGAACUCAUUAUUCAGUGCAAACAUGCUACUUCAACUGGAGUGUCAUUUACGACACAAUUACCACGAACACUGCGAAACGGAAAUGUACAAUGUAUAUUAACACGUGUGUUCCUGUUUUACUAAAUUACAACGUCAGGCGCACGUGUAUUGCGCGGUUCCGACUGGUUUGUCUGUGAACUUGACGUGCAACAGGAAAAAUAACCUCACAGGGUCUAGUAGACAAGUCUGCGAUUUUAGAGCUUCCCCGGCAUCGUUUCAGAACGAAAGCCGAGCUCAGCUUUUGAACUUUGUUCAUGCAUUUUGUAGACACAUCUGUUGCGUCAUUAAGAGACGGACAGGCUUCAGUUGAAAAUCCAGUGAUAGAUAUUAGAAGAGAUCAAUAACGUAUUUUAAUUCAACGCAGGAGAGAAAUUGAACUUCGAAGCGACAUUUUAACCAAAGGUCGCCUAAGAACAUUUGUAUAAGGCAGAUCGUUUAUUGUUUACAAAUAACCAUGUUUAAAAAUCAUUAAGGAGCCUGUAAAUACUAAUAAUAAUGAGAAAUAUUCGCUGACAAAGACUGUUUGGUUGAACUUCGACUUACGCUUAAUCUUCCCAAGGCAAAGAACGAUUGCGUGAAACCGCGACAAAACCACCUAAUUUGAAUACACUUGGUCUCAAUGUGAUACGAUUAACGUAUAAUUGGAAUCUAAAGCGACGGAAAACAGAGGAACAAAAACAAUUUGGACAAGUUGAAGGGGUCUUAGACUAAAAGGCCAAAAAAAAAAACCGUAAACAGACAUAGUAAGUGUAAGAAGAUUUAGGAGAUAGCCCUCUUUGUAGUGAGUAACGUCAAAGAAAUCAUAACUAAUCUGUUAAUUCCGUUUUUUUUAUGAAGAGGGAUUACUGUCAGUUUGAGGGCAAAUUAUCAGACUUUGAUUAGUCAUUAUCUCAUAGUGGCUCGAUAUUAAAAGCGAGUUUUCAAAGACUCUCCGCAAAAUGGCGGCAACGGACACGCGAGAUGUAAUUAAAGUAGAAUUAAUAAGUCACAGCCGAAAUUCUCGCUUUUUGAUUUUGUAUGUAAAUAAACUGCAAAGUUUUGUUAACA